AUGGUAUCCUGGGCUGUUACCGGCGCGACUCGAGGCAUCGGCCUCGGCUUCGUCCAGAAUCUUUCCGCCGAUUCACAGAACCAAGUCUUCGCCAUCAUACGAAGUCUAGCAACAGCGGGACCUCUCAAAGAGCUUGCUACAGAACGAAAAAACAUCCACAUCGUGGUCACCGAGCUUUCUGACCCUGAGAAAUUGAAAUUAGCUGCCGCAGAAGUUUCCAAAGCUACUGGUGGUUCGCUCGAUGUCUUGAUCCUCAAUGCGGGCUCCGCUGGACCCGAGACUAGUGCGCUGCCACCAAGUGCCUUCCACGGCAAGGAAGAAGCGCUGGAGAAGGAAAUCGGCGAAAAUAUCAACAAUAACAUCAUCAGCAAUAUCUAUGUCAUCAACUCAUUCCUCGAUCUUAUUCGGAAUGGCACAGAGAAGAAGAUCGCAUUUGUCUCCAGCCAAAGUGGUGACCUUGAGUUUACUCGCAUUACUGGCUUUUCUUUCGUGAUGGGUUAUUCCAUUGCCAAGGCUGGCAUGAACAUCGUCAUGACCAAGUUCGGAGCUGAACUCGCCCAUGAAGGUAUCAAGACAAUCUCAUUGAGUCCGGGCUGGGUGAACACGGAUGCUGCCAAAGCAGUCACAGGCGAUCCCGCUGUGCGUAAAAUUAUGCUGGAUCUGUUUCAUAAGCUCGACCCCGAUGUCAGUGGACCGAUUGAGGUCGAUGAAUCCGUUAGCUCUCAGCUCAAGUUGAUCAAAGAGUUGACGGCAGAGAAUAGUGGGAAGUUCUUGACACACCACGGAGACACCAGUACCUGGUUUUGA